AGAAAAGGGAGCCAGUUAGAGAAAAACGACCUCAACCCUACCCUAGUAGAAGCAGCAGCACUGGCGACCGCCGUCUCUUUGUUCUGUACUGCUUUUGACAACAAAAAAGUCAAACUCAGAUUUUUUAAUCUUCAAUGCCAUCGCGAAAAUUCACAGAGAUGGACUCAAACGGGAGUGAGUACAUCGAUCAUUGCGCCUCUUAUGCAAAGAGAAGGAGGCAUGACAAUAAUCAGACGGUCUGCAAUAUAACCUCUAACCUGGAGUACACAGACCUUGAGGCAGCUGAAGCGUUGGUGUGCAUGAGUUCUUGGGGCCAGGGUCACUUUAUCAGCAGCAACAGGCCGAACCCCUGCAAGCCGCGACCCCUCACCCCAGCCUCAGACUCUUGCGACUCCCUGUUGCCACCAGAACUUCCAGAGCCACCGAAGGAUUUCGUGUCCCUCUCGUCCCUGUGUAUGACCCCCCCUCACAGCCCAAGCUUUGUUGAGACUUCAACACCCAGCUCUGGCCCGGCUGUGGCCUCGCAACACUGUUUGUCCGGGCUCCAUCAACCUGUCCUGGCACCCAUUCCUGAGAAGACCCCCUACCUCCCCCCUCUACCCCAGCCCUGCAGAGCCAUGGCGACCAGCGUCAUCCGCCACACUGCAGACAGCACCCCCUGCCAACACCGCAUUCCUGUUGCCCCCAACCCAGAGAAAACAAGAGACACAGUAACUGCUGCGACACUCUGCCAGAAGCGACAGCAGCAGCAGCAGCAACACAUCACAAAGACUGAGACUAACACACCUCCAUCUCCUCCUGCUCCUCUCACACCUGUCUUAAAAAUAGAGCAGCAAACUAGUCCCUCAAAAAACAGUUUGGACAAUGCCUCCACCCCCACUUUUUUCAAUACCCAACCACAAAACAACCCACACACUCCCGCAACCAUGUUCCCAUCUUCAGUCACCAGCCCUCAAAUCAUCUGCCAGAUGUUCCCCGUCACCAGCCAAUCGGGGAUCAUCUCAGCGUUCAUCCCCGGUGCAGUUCAGACAUCCAGUACAGGUAUUCGAACAGCCACCACACCAAUCCUCCCACAGCCCGCCUCAGCCAACGCCUCCUCUGUCCAGCAGUCUCUCAUUGUGGGCUCAGCAGUCCCUCAGGGCACCAUGAUGCUGGUUCUCCCACAAUCCUCUGUCUCUCAGGCCCCUCACUGCACUCAGACUGUUAUGACGCUGGGCAACACCAAGCUACUACCUCUGGCUCCAGCCCCUGUGUAUGUGCCAGCGGGGCCCAGUGGAGGUACGACAGCCACAAAGAUGGACUUCUCCCGCAGGAGGAACUAUGUGUGCAACUUCCCAGGCUGCAGGAAGACUUACUUCAAGAGCUCACAUCUCAAGGCUCAUUUAAGGACACACACAGGUGAGAAACCUUUCAGCUGCAGUUGGGACGGCUGUGAUAAGAGGUUCGCUCGCUCCGACGAACUGUCCCGCCACCGGCGAACACACACCGGCGAGAAGAAAUUUGUGUGUCCCGUGUGCGAGCGGCGGUUCAUGCGGAGCGAUCACCUCACCAAACACGCCCGCCGCCACAUGACAACGAAGAAAGUUCCCUCCUGGCAGGCUGAUGUUCGGAGCCUAAACAAAAUGGCCGCUGGCAAACCACCUUCCUCCAAACCUGGCCUUGCCACACUAAGCAUGCUGGUGCCUGCCAGCUCAAAGUAGACAAUAAACACUGCCAUCUUUAAUACUCCCGAGAUGCCAUAGAGACUCUGGGAGCAGCCAAGCACAGUCGGCUGCUGCUAUUCUACUCUUGGGAAUGAAAGAAACACAUGCACUGGACUCUUUGUUUUCCUCCCUAUUGCUUAUUUGUACGUGUAUUUCUCUCAAAAGGAUUCUUUUGUUUACUUUGAUAUUACUGAUUUUAUGUAUGCACACUUGCCAAAGUCUUUCUAUGAAGUUGGUCUUACACAUUUCAUUUUCUGCACCUCUCCUACAAACACUUUGCUCAACAGAAAUGUAUGUGUAUGUGAAUGUAUUCUUGGUGUUGAAAUGCAUUUAUUUGUCAUAUUAAGGAAAAGGUUGAAAAAGCAAUGUAAAUAUGAAUAUUAAUCACCAGUACUAUGAUUAUACCUUGAUUAUAUCUCCCUAACUUUUCAUAUUAUUUAAUACAUAUUUGUAAUAAAUAAAAGAUUAAACCA